AUGGGCUUGAACCCCAACAGUCUUCCAGCCGCAAACUCAUCUGCAAAUUCUGGAGAUCAAGAGGGCAAUAAUGGCUCGUCAACUGGACUCUUGCCCAUCUUCAUCAUCGCGGGCGUUAUUGUGUUGCUGCUCCUGGUUUGCUUUCUCUGCGCUAUUACACGGUGUCCGACCGAUUGCGUCGAAUCCGUCGACGUUGAGUCAAUGGCGGGCGUGGCAUCGGCUGACUUAAAACCGUCCCUCGAAACAUUAGACCGGGAAGCUCCAGCAAAGGACUUUGCCCAGGUCAAGGAAGAAGCUAGGCAACGUAAACCGGGAGAUCAACCUGUCUGGCCCGGGUCAUACUACGCAUGUGCUAUUUGUUUAGAUCCUUUGAAGGCCGAGCAACGCGUUCGCCAGUUGCGUUGCGGCCAUGUGUUCCAUUCGAGCUGUAUUAUCCCGUGGUACCUGCGCAAACAUUACUUUUGCCCCCUCUGCACCUUACCGUACAUCCCUGAGGAGCGUGAGGAGUCAAGACUCAACACAGUAGAGUGUUGA